GUCACUUCGCCACUAUAACGCACGCACACACACACGCGCGCGCAUACACGAACCAAAAUCAAUGAGCCUUGGACGGCCAACUCUUCCAGGAAGGUAUUAACCAUCACAUAGCCAACAUGUAGUGCCUGCGGAGGGAAAAUAAUAACAACAACAACCAGUGUGAAUAUAAAUAUAAAGUUAGUCUUGUAGAGAGAGGGAGAGAGAGAUGGGUUUGUAGAGCGUCGGCUGCUCUUCGGUUCAAAACAACAAAGUCGGAUGCUCUCAUUUCCGCUUGGUUCACUUCGCGGAAAAACAAGGGGGAAGGAAAAGUGGAAACGGGAGAACUUCCUGAAUUCGACCGAGACAUGUCCGACUCCCCUUUACAACUCAACAUUAAGCAGGAGAGGAGCGCUUUCAGUCCCUCUGCCAGUCCUCUGCCAAAUUCCACUUCCUCUCCAGGCCAUGGCGCUCCGCCUCUGACUAAUGCCAAGACGGAGGAAGAGCCGGCCCGACUGCCUGGACACCUGCGUCUGCAGCCUGUGUUCUGGAGCAGAGAGGAUGUAGUUCAGUGGCUGCGCUGGGCCGAGCGCGAGUUCGCGCUCCGACCCAUCUCCAGCGGAAGUUUUCAGAUGAACGGCAAAGCCCUCCUGCUGCUCACCAAGGAGGACUUCCGCUACCGUUCGCCCCACUCAGGAGAUGUUCUUUACGAGCUCUUGCAGCAUAUCCUGAAGCAGAGGAAGCCCCACUCAUCCUUCCCCAACACUUACUACCCUGGGAACUCCUUUCAUUCUCUGCCUGACGCAGCCCUGCAACACCACAAACUUGAGGAAACGGUACUAAGAACCCCACGAAGCACAGACACCCACCCGCUCCAACCUCCCACCAUCGAGCUCCGUCAUCGCUCGCGCUCUCCUCGGCGUUCGCCCGCCAACGCCGCACACGUCCACCUCGCCUCUGCAGAGGACAUCCAACCAGUGCCCUCGCAGUUGCCCGACAGCAACAACCACCUCCCCGAGGACCUGUACCCGCUGUCCGUAUCGCCCGCCGCCGCAAACGGCCACCACGUCCAACGUCCAGCCAGCCCGUGCCAGGAGGAGGUGGUGCCUCCACGGGUCAUCCAGCUGAUGCCCAGCGCCAUCAUGCACCCGCUGAUGCUCAGUCCCGGACGAGGGGUUGCUGGCGAGUUCAGACAGGGCCGGGCGUCGACCCAAGAGAACGGGCGCGAUGGCAAGAGCCUUCAUCAUCAUAAUCACCACCACCAUAAUCAUCACCAUCCUUCUCAUCAUGUUCUGAGCCUGGCAGGGCAGCAGCAGUCACACCAGCAGGAAGAAAUUCGUUAUAGGAACCAGAUCCUCAUGCCCGUCUCGCCUCCUGAGGAGCAGGGUGUGCCUAUAGGACGCAUUGCUGAUUGCAGACUGCUCUGGGACUAUGUAUAUCAGCUCCUUUCAGACAGCCGCUACGAGAACUACAUCCGCUGGGAGGACCGCGACACCAAAGUGUUCCGGAUCAUCGACCCCAAUGGCCUGGCUAGACUGUGGGGAAACCAUAAGAACAGGACCAACAUGACAUAUGAGAAAAUGUCAAGAGCACUAAGACACUAUUACAAACUGAACAUCAUCAGGAAAGAGCCAGGCCAGAGGCUGCUGUUCAGGUUCAUGAAAACCCCAGAUGAGAUCAUGAGUGGACAGACGGAGCGCCUGGAACAUCUCGAGUCGGAUACAGAUGAUCAAAUCUACAUUAAAGAGGAGUGCUGAGCGCUUGCCGCACACCAAGACGAACUUUUUAAAGCCGUAGAUGCCUCGCCAAUGUUCUGCUGUGUUCAGUAUCCACCAACCCUCCCCCUCCCGAGCGUCCUCCCUCCCUAUUCCCUACUCCUUCCCGAGCAGACCUGGACGUUGCUUAUAAUAAAAUGGGAGCCAACUUAUGAAGACAAUGUCGUUUUCUGCACUGUUUUCUACGCUGAAUCUUAAUAAUCAUAUCCUUAAUUUUCUGGUCUCUGCUUGAGAAGAGUAAACUUCAGUAUGACAAUCAUUUAAAUUAAUGAUAAGUACUUCUACCAAUCGCCUCUUUCAAAUUCCUGGCACAAUGAAUGAUUUCAUACUUUUCAGUGAGGACUUUUUUUUAGUGUGUGUUAUACAAACACCAACUGCAGUUUGUGUAAAUGAGUUAUACAAGAGAUUAAUUCAAGAAUAAAUUUUAACGAGUGACUCA